AUGGCCCCCCAGAACCGCAAAACCGAGCCCAAGCUCAGGUCCACUGGCGAGAAGAAGAAGAGCACUGGAGCUGGUGUGCAGAAGCCAAAAAGGAAAACGGGCAAGACCACAGCCCGCGGCGAUGCCUCCGUUGAUAUGAGUGAAAUGCUACCACCCCGUGACUCCGAAGCUGGGUUCAACCAGGCCGCAAACAGCGACGCGACUGACAUCCUAAAAGCCAUCUACCAUGACCUUAACACCCAUUGCAAUCUUGCGAGGGCUACCGAAGGUAAAGACCGUCAUACUGAUCAAGCUUACAACAGCUCGCUUGUGUCCACCCACCAAUUCAUGGCGCAGGAACUCCAACAGUACAUGGAUUCCGUGAGGUCCAAGACCCAAGUUCGUAAGUCCAAUCCCCUCACCGAUGGACGUAGAUUUUUGAAAUCUGUCCAUGAACUGGGAUGGAAGAUGUUUGCUAUCUGCAUUCAUUCUGAAGCAUUCCGACGUUGCUUCGAAGGCUCCACCGAUCGAGUCUGGGGCUUCCUGUGCCAGAAGAUCAACGAGAACUCCCUCAGUAUCGCACUCUAUACUCAUAACUAUGUGAUGAAAUGGCGUGACGUCCUUGUGGCCUAUCAACAUGACUCCCUUCCUGGUCUACCAGAUAUGAAGCCAGUUAUUGGAACACGCAUGCAAUGGAAGGUUGACCACCCCCACCACACCGUGAUCACACUUGAUAACAAUCUCCGCGAGCCCAAGUACAAGGGCAAAUUGCAGAAACAUAUUGACGAAAGUAUAUUUGACCCCCUCCGAUGGGCCAGCUAUGGUCAGGCAACAGACCCAACACUUCGCCGCCCGGCCCCAGGUGAUCCCAAUGCUGCCUAUAAAGCCAAGAUCGGAUCCAGCUGUGUCUUAUGUAAGAGUGAGGUUUCCUGUAAUUGCCGCUUGGAAGACCGGGCAGGAGAAUUUGUGGAGCUGAGAGAGUACCCCAAUAAGGGCACUGGCGUUCGAGCACUGACGGAUUUCAAGGAAGGGGAUAUUCUCGGUGUAUACGUCGGUGAGCUCCUACCGGUCGCCAGCGAUACUGUCUAUCCCCUGACGCAACGCAAUGACUGUUUUCGGGGUCAAAACUUGUGUGUAGUCAGUUCUCAUGAAUUCGGCAACUGGACUCGUUACCUCAACCACUCGUGCGAGCCGUCGGCUGGCUUUAGUGUCCGCACCAUUGGACCCCGAGUUGUAGCCAUAGUCGAAGCCGUGCGCUAUAUCAAAGCCUUUGAAGAGAUCACUAUCCACUACGGUGCGAAUUAUUGGGCCGGAAAAAAGGAUACGGCUAUUGACCUCGAGCUAUGCUCGGGGCCCAUCAAGUUCGGCGACCAUUUUGCCAAAAUUGUCGCGGAAUACGGAGAUAGAUUGGCUGUUGUCUCGAGACAUCAGAACGAUCGCGUAACAUAUGCCACUUUAGACAGCAGAAGCAAUGCUCUCGCCCGGGGACUGGAAUCAGUGGGCGUCAAGAAAGGAGAGCGGGUUGGAGUCAUGCUUGGCAACUCGAUGGAAUACGCCGUGGCAACCUAUGCAUUAUUCAAAAUUGGCGCCGUCCUGGUGCCGCUCAACCCAUCUUUCAAUACCGCACAAGUGACUGCAGCCUUGGGUCAUCUCGAAUCCAGCCAUCUUCUAAUCAGCACCGAGUCGAACCUUCCUCGCAAAAAGCCCCGAAGCAAUAUCCCCUUGAUCGAGGGCCUUGUUGAGGACCUCCACAAGUCGAAAAUAGAGUCCGCAUUGGUUCCAUCGUUGAAGCAGAUCAUUAUAGUGGACAACUCCGAAGGUCGCGUUGAUAUUUCAUCUUAUAAGAGCUUGACACCAUAUGCAUCCAUCGCGUCGGAGAUUACUGCACACGGCAACCCACUACCUCCUCAGAAUCUCUCGCCGGAUGAAAUUGUGAACAUCCAAUUUACAUCGGGAACCACAGCAAUGCCAAAGGCAGCAUGCCUCAGUCACCGUUCCAUCUUGAACAAUGGCUCUCAGAUUGGCGAUCGCAUGCUUCUCUCGCCCAAAGACAUUGUUUGUUGCCCACCGCCGCUGUUCCAUUGCUUCGGCUGUAUAUUAGGCUAUAUGGCGACGGCAACCCACGGCGCGGCUAUUGUAUUCCCUAGCGAAUCAUUCAACGCCCAUGCCGCACUAAAAGCCGUACAAGAAGAGAAAGCCACCGCGCUGUAUGGAGUACCCACGAUGUUCCUCGAAGAGCUGAGCAUGAUUGAAAGUGGAGAAAUAUCUCGCGAUGGUUUCCAGUAUCUUCGUACAGGCAUCGCGGCUGGAAGCAGUAUUCCUGCUGAAGUGAUGAAGAAAUUGCAUAGGGUACUAAAUCUCACGGAAUUGACAAUCUGCUAUGGAAUGACGGAAACAAGCCCAGUAUCAGCCAUGACAACGACAGAUGAUCCCAUUGACAAGCGGAUCCACUCCGUCGGAAGACUUAUGCCACAUGUCGAGGCGAAAAUUGUGCACCCGGAGAACAAGCAACAAGUUCUGCCUAUCGAGGCACGGGGUGAGUUGGCAGUGAGCGGGUACUUGCUCAUGAAGGAGUACUGGGCCGAUCCAGUGAGGACCGCAGAGGUGAUGAUUCCAGAUGAGACCGGAAAGAUUUGGAUGCAUACUGGAGAUGAAGCUUCCAUGUCACCAGAUGGUUAUAUCUCCAUUACUGGACGGAUCAAAGACCUGAUCAUCCGUGGUGGCGAGAAUAUACACCCCCUAGAGAUCGAGAACUGCUUGCUAGCCAAUAAUGCCGUUGCUGAUGUAUCAGUCGUUGGUGUUCCGGACCCGAGAUAUGGCGAGGCCGUAGCUGCUUUCGUCGUCCCUCGGGACCAAGGCCCUAAUUCGAUCACUGCUGAGGCUGUUCAGCAAUGGGUGCGGGAAAAGCUCAGCAGUCAUCUCGUUCCGAAGCAUGUCUUCUUUUUGGGGCUCUUGGAGCCUUUUCCUAAGACGGCGAGCGGAAAAAUUCAGAAGUUCAAACUCAAAGAAAGAGCCAUUGAACUUUUGGCCAAGAUUGCUGAAUGA